ACUUUAGUCCAAUUAAAUCGUACUUGGAAGCUGUCAAUGGUGGGGGGAGCUCCUCCCUACCCCCCUUCUUUUAAUUGUUCAGUGAGUCUAUUGAAUAAUGAAAGAAUUUGCCUGACGGGGUUUUGUAGUGUUUCGUCUUCUUGAUGAAUUAUUUCAGAGGAUAGACGACAGUCUUUUGUCAAAAAUGUAUUGGAAUGACUCAUCCAAUUCUUCAGAAAGUGACAAUGAAGCUCAUUCAGCCUUCACACAGACUGAGCACAACAUAGUGGCAGCUUACUUAAUAACAGCAGGAGUGAUAAGCAUUUUCAGUAACAUUGUUGUGUUAGGCAUCUUUGUUAAGUACAAAGAGCUUCGGACAGCAACCAACGCGAUUAUUAUCAACUUGGCUUUUACUGAUAUUGGUGUUAGUGGCAUUGGUUACCCCAUGUCUGCUGCCUCAGACCUGCAUGGAAGCUGGAAAUUUGGAUAUACUGGAUGCCAGAUCUAUGCUGCCUUAAAUAUAUUUUUUGGGAUGGCAAGUAUUGGUUUGCUGACUGUUGUUGCUGUUGAUCGUUACCUGACCAUCUGCAGGCCUGAUAUAGGAAGAAGAAUGACCACGCGUAGCUAUGCCACUCUCAUCCUUGCUGCUUGGAUAAAUGCAGUCUUCUGGUCUUCCAUGCCUACUGCAGGCUGGGCCAGCUACGCUCCGGAUCCCACUGGAGCAACGUGCACAGUAAAUUGGAGGAAAAAUGAUGCGUCCUUUAUUUCCUACACAAUGAGUGUAAUUGCUGUUAAUUUUGUUGUGCCCUUAACAGUCAUGUUUUACUGUUAUUACAAUGUUUCCCGGACAAUGAAACAAUAUGCCAGCAGUAACUGCUUGGAGAGCAUUAACAUAGAUUGGUCUGACCAAGUAGAUGUGACAAAGAUGUCUGUUGUGAUGAUUAUAAUGUUCUUGGUGGCGUGGUCUCCAUAUUCUAUUGUGUGUCUGUGGUCUUCCUUUGGAGACCCAAAGAAAAUUUCUCCUGCAAUGGCCAUCAUAGCUCCUCUCUUCGCAAAAUCUUCCACAUUCUAUAAUCCCUGCAUUUAUGUCAUUGCAAACAAAAAGUUUCGGAGGGCAAUCCUGGCAAUGGUGCGAUGUCAGACAAGACAAGAGAUAACCAUAAACAAUGCUUUGCCCAUGAGUGUAUCUCAAAGUGCAUUGACAUCGCAGAACUCCAGUCAUUUGCCUGCAUAAGUUGCAUGGAAAGGGGUGAAAUCUGGGUUCAAGUUAAUUAAUCUUUUGG